CGUCCGGGCAGGACCCAAAUAUGGGCCAAUCUCGAGUUUCACCAGUCGUAGUGUAGCCUCAGUCGCUUGUGUUCUCAGUGAGCUGUGUUUGUUAUCUCUUAUCAGUACUAUACUCCACUGUCCGUUAUCAACGCCGAGACGAUGCAAGGUGUUUCACAAGAGCCAUCAAGUCCUGAGAGCUCGAAAACUUUAAGAGGUAGGAGAAAGGCAAGAUGGAAACUAAAAUUUCAUCACCAGGCUCUGCCUCCAGAAUAUCUCGAUCAUUAUGAAGCAUCUUUGGCUAGUCCUCCAAGUCCACCAACAGUUCGAUACACAGAUCUUCCAUAUAUGGGGGAAAUGACCCUAGACAACGCAAGACCCAGAAGAGGAAGGAAACCAAAAAAGGCUGAUAUUUGCCAUCUCAUUUACAAAAACUAUGGUACAACAAUUGUUGACGAACCAUUGAACUUGUGCAUUAGAGACUUGAAAGCUAAGCAAAGCCCUCCAAGUCAGGUUUCAAUGUGUAAAUUUAAGUUCACUGGAGGAGCCACUCCUUCAUUGAAGGAGAAGAAGAUGCUUUCUGUCGAUGCAGGAGGAAAUUUCAGGUAUUAUGACCAGAGGGAACAACAGAGAAAAAAAUCAAGAAAAUCCCUUGCAAGAGAGAAACUCGAACAAACUUUCAAAGAAAAGGGUUUUUUAAUCCAGACCCAGCAGCUAGAAUCAGCACAAGGAGCGACGUACUGUAAAUUUAGGCAAUUGAGAAAAUUCACCAGGUAUCUGUUCAGAAGCUGGAAGCACCACCUCCCUGGUGAAAUAGUAUCUGAGACUUUCCCAGACUGAUACAUUGAAGAAAAAUAGAAUAACGAUCUCAAAUUUUAUAUUUAUUGUGUUAUAACUGAUUUGACAGAGUAGCGUCCCGGCUAUUGAUUGUCUAGAUUGUUGUGUUUUUUUUUAAUAUCUUAACAUUGAAGGGUUUAAAGGACUCAAAUUUAUUUAUGAUGUUCUUUUAUGUUGCUUAUGAUUCAUGAACAAUAUUUACAAUUAUUAAUAUCCGAAAGGAUUAUUUUCAAGCAG